AUGACGACCUCCGGAGUACGAAAAUUUGCUCUCGAGCCUGUCAAACAGGUGAAGAUAGAGGUUGGUCCUAGACCCGGUUGGGAAGAGGAAGUGCAGAGGAUCAAAGACGAGGCUACAAGAAAGGCGGAGGAGGAAAGAGAUGAAGACGAAGAUAUGGAUACCAGUGAAGAGGAGGAGGCAGAGACGGAGAAGGCAAUGACGGGCCUGAGAAGUAUUGGUGAUAGCCACAUGUUACUACAAUCACUUCGACAAUCACGAUACAUUAUUCUUACGUCUCUCUUCCUGAAGUUCUCGUCCAAGUCGAAGGCAAAAAACGCCCCCGAGGUCAAUCAGCCACCGCACACGCUCGAAUAUUUGGGCAAGUGCGAUCUCGAGCUCGGUCCGCAUACCUUCACAGGCACCAAAUUCUUCCAAGUCAACUACACUACUGAUCAGCGCUCAUUUUCCAACCCUCAUACGCCCUCUCACUCUCAUGGCACCCAGCAACAACAGGCACAGUGGAACUAUUCGGCCCAGAAAGGCUGGCAAGGGUACGCCUAUCAGCAGCAACAGCAGCCUGCAAAAGUCCUCCCACCGGGCGCACCAGGUCAUGGCUUGAGACUGACACCUGAACUGAUUCAUCAAGUCGAAAAGGCUGCGGCGGCCGAUCCUGAGCUCGCGCAUAUCCGCUACUUGGCUGCCCAGAACCAGGCGACGACUGAUCAGUUGCACAAAUUAGGUACUCUUAUUCAAGAGAUCAACGCCCGCAACGUGCAGAAAUCUAGUUCGUCUACCAUUUCGACCAAAUCUCCUGCGGUUGCUUCCAAGCCAGAAGGCUCGCAUUCGGCACGCCCUAUCACCAAGACGUCUGCGUCAGCGCCAAGCUAUGAGGCAUCUGGGUACUAUGUUCCAACUCGCAGACCGGACAUAAUAUUCGAGCUCCGUGAAAACCCGACCGAGCGCUGGCUUUUACCCUGCGACAAUUCCAUCGUCUCAAAGACGGUCGGAGAGGAUGGUUUGCCAGAAGCAGUGCUCAGCACGUUUCUGCACGCUGUCGAUCCAGCCGCUAUUGCUGCGAAGGAGAAAGAAGAAGAGGACGCGCGAAAAAGGGAGGAGAGGAGGAAAAAGGCGCAAGAGAAGAGAGAGCGAGAUAGAUUAGAGAAGGAGAAGAAGGCUGUUGAAGACGCAGCUGCUGUGGCGGGAAAGGUUGUAGGGAAGGAGGACAAACCGGAAGAUCAACCGAAAGCUGUUGGUAAGGAGACCAGGUCUAAGGAGAAGGAGAAGAAAGAGCACGAAGCUGCUCGAGAAGCCGAGAUUGAGAAGGAAAAAGAGAAGGAGAAGGAGAAGCUGGUGGUGCACGAGAAAGUCAUCAGGCCGACCGAUAAGAAGAAGAUACCGCCCAAACUCCUUCCUGUCACCCUCCACUUUUUGGAUGUGCCCGAUCCACUGUGGGCCACAUUGCUGUAUUGUUCCAAUGUGGCUGAUCCGGCACAGUUGGCACAUCGAACGACCGUUUUCAAUGAGAUGCUCCUGAGCUCUGCUCCACGUACUUUCCCUCGCUUGAGACUUCCCAACGGGCCAUUGCCUGACGACUUAGAGGAUGCCAUUGCCGACAAGUUUGCCACGAGACCAUUCAACCCCAAGGAUCGCACUGCUUUCGCCCUUGCAUCGCCUACGUCCAAUCGCUUCAAUGCAGCCGGUCAGUUGGUAGGGCCAGACGGCAAACCAAUUAUCGAGAAACCGAAAGAGCGGAAAUUAGUAUCGAGCACCUGGAAGGACGGUACUCCUAGGUGGUGUCAGAAUUGCGGCACAAGGGAGACGAUUGCCUGGCGAAGAGGACCUUCUGGUCCAGGGACAUUAUGCCAGAGCUGUGGUUCAAAGUUCAAGUCAAAGCCCGACUUGUUCAAACUUCCUGAAGAGCCCUGGACGGUAGAGAGAGUACUAGAGAAAGAGAUCGCUGACAAAGCAGCGAGAGUGGCUGCUGAAGCCGAAGCUGCUAAGAGAGCUGCAGAACUGGCUGCCAACCCCCCGCUAGUAACCCCUGUACCGGAGCCCAAGCAACCCAAGCCAAAGAGGCCCGCUUCUAAAGGCGAACUGGAACCAUGGUCUGCAUAUUCACAUCGUAAUCUUGUCGCGCAGCCAGCGGCUUCAACGUCGGCCGUUGAGGUCGGUACCUCCAUGACCGAGCUUUUAAAGGUCUCCUCUGGGCAGGUUGAGAACGUUACCCAGGUUACGCCCCGCUACCGUUUUGCGUCUGAAUACCAAGACAAGUACGGCCAGUUACAGCAUUCGGAAAGCCAGUCUGCGUCCAAUUCUGCCCCUGUCCCGAAGAAGGCACGAAAGGGCAAGGACCGUGUGACCUCUGAUAGUCGGAAUUCUGAUACUACCAGCGGUUAUCACUACGACAGCCGAUAUGGAUGGUACGAUUACUCCCGAGGACAGUGGUUGCAGCCCCAUCAAUAUGCCCAAAUGCAUACGUUAGGUACCAGUACACCUGGAACCCCUGGGCAGGAGGGUUCAACACCUAGCACGCCAGCAGCGCACCCAUACUACAACGAUCCAUACUAUCAGGCCUAUUAUCGCAACUAUACUGAGGGCCAAUAUUCCGACCCUCGCUGGGCAGCUUACUACGCACAGUUCACUGAUCCUUCCAAGGGUGCAGAAGGUCCUCCACAAAAUGGAUACGCUUACGGGUCCGCCCACUCGUAUCAGCCAUAUUCAACACAGUCAUUGUCAGCAGAUGGGGUGACUAGCGCGAGCAAAGACAAGGUGCCGACGUCUUCGGAACAAGCGACUGUAGCAACCGCUCAGCUUCCUGUAGGUGGAGGCAUGAGCAGUCUUCCAGAGGACGAUCCUAUGGACGAAAAUGGCCAAGGCAAAGCUCCUAUUACAGGAGAUGGGCCAGACGAACCAAUGAGAGAGGAGGAUCCCUGAGUUGCCUGAUGUCCCUUUUUCCUGUUUCCUUUUCUUUUCGUCUCUGCGGCACUGUAUCGGUAUCCACAAUUUGCGCUAGGUUGCACUAUUACACAAUGUCACUCCUAAAUUCCCAAAGUUAUUAUGAGACCGUG